AUGAUACCAGCUACAAACAAGGCCUUUGUUGUAACCAACCUUGUUUCUGGAACAGGCUAUGACCUCUGCGUCCUGGCAAUGUGGGAUGACACGGCCACUACCCUUACUGCCACCAACAUUGUGGGAUGCGCCCAGUUCUUCACCAAAGAAGACUACCCUCAGUGCCAGUCGAUGCACAGCCAGUUCCUGGGUGGGACCAUGAUUCUGAUCAUUGGAGGCAUCAUUGUGGCAACUCUGCUGGUAUUCAUUGUAAUUCUCAUGGUCCGCUAUAAGGUCUGCAACAACUCCCAGGGGAAGAUGUCUAGUGUCAGCAAUGUCUACUCACAGACGAAUGGAGCACAACCAGUUCAGAAUGGAGUCUUGCCCCAAGUAAAUCCCAAAGUGGUGGUGAGAAACGAACUUAUGGAGUUUAACUGUCAGUCUGCACGGAGCAGCAUCUCCUCUUCCUCCAGCUCUGCAAAUAGCCGUGACUGUGACAACUACAGCCUCCAAAGUGAACAGGGCACAUUGUCCAGUAAAUGGAGGCCUCCUUCCCGGUCAAAACACAAUAUUGACCGGCUAAUGGGAGCUUUUGCCUCCCUGGAACUGAAAUGUCAGAAAAAGGAGGAAAUGACAGACUCCAGAACUUCCACGGUGGCCCGCCACUCGGACAAAGAGCCACUGCUGGGCCAGACAGAGUCCAAAUUCCGCAGCUUCCUCAUGUUGCCUCUGGAGGGCAAAACUAAACGUAGCCAUUCUUUUGACAUGGGGGACUUUGCCACAUCUCAGUGUUGUAACUACCCAAAAAAGAUAACAAACAUUUGGACAAAGAGGAGCCUCUCGGUCAACGGCAUGCUUUUGCAGUAUGAUGACAAUGACCUAACAGGGGCAAAAGGGACUUUUGGGAGCUCAGAGUGGGUGAUGGAAAGCACAGUGUAA